GCGUGUGGGAAAAGUUUUGUUGGAAACUCAUCUCUGGCAGUUAAUUAGCCUUCGCAUAAUCUCUCAAUAUCUCAAGUUGAAACUGAGAAUCAGAACCCUCAAAACAGUUGCCACAGUCAACGUGUGCAUAGUGUGAUAUUCCUCGAGAGUUGAAAAUCUAACUGACUUCCACCAUGAAGUUAUUGGAGUUCGCUGCCGUGAUAUCUUCACUGGUUGUCCUUACUCAAGCUGGCAAUGGCAAUGGCAAUGGCAACGGUCAUGAAAAAGCAAAGACCUGCACAAUACCCUCAAAAUACAAAUCCUCAAACCGAACAGCCGAUGACUCGCCAGCGGUAGCUGCCGCAUUUGUAAAGUGCUCCUCAAAUUCAAUUAUUGAAUUCAAGAAAGGUGUCGAUUACAACAUCUUCAGCCCAAUUUCCGCAAAAAACUUGUCAAAUGUGGUCAUUCGUCAAGAAGGCAAUCUUCAUCUUCCCCAGAACAUCACCUAUAUUCAAAAUCUUGUCACAACCUCGAAUGCGCUAACAUAUACCACCGCUUUAUACUGGUUUGCAUUUGCCGGUCCCAAGAUUCAAUAUGAAGGAUCAAAAGACGUUACGACGGGGUGGAUAAACUCGUAUGGCCAAGCAUGGUGGGAUGCGAAUCCCGCAAAUGGAACUGGUCUUGCCAAUCGACCACAUCUUUUCCAACUGAACACUACAAACGGCGGUAUGAAUUAUUUCAAAUCACGCAAGCCAAUAGCAUGGAAUGUUCAACUUCUGGGAAGCAACAUCCGAGUCAAAAACAGCAUCAUUGACUCCUUCUCUACAAGUAACGGUUUCCCAUUCAAUACCGAUGGAUUUGGUGUUACGGCUACAAACGUUCACAUAUCUGAUUCUAUUAUAUACAAUGGAGAUGAUGCAUGUGCUGUUCAAUCUGGUUCUCACAACGUUCUUUUUGAAAAGGCAACAAUCGGGUAUCAGUCUCAUGGCUUGUCCAUUGGCUCUCUUGGGCAAAACCAAGCUUCAUUCGCCAAUGUAUCAAAUAUCCACUUCCGUGAUAUCACAGUCGUUGAUGCAGUCUACGCUGCUCGAUUCAAGAGUUGGAUCGGAGGCCAAGGAAUCGCAAAAAACAUCACAUGGGAAGAUAUCCGCGUGUACAAUGUUACAUUUCCGAUCUUUGUUACCCAAACAUACUAUAAUCAAGGGUCCAACGCGACCCAGCUUGAACCUGGACAAAUUACUGGGCGCCCGAACAACGCAAGUGUCAACAUGGAGGAUUUCGCGUGGAAAAACUUUCGAGGAACAAUUAAUACCUUUCAGCCCGGAGAUGGUACCUGUGUUUCAGAUCCGUGCUGGUACGAUGCUGGAUUGCCGAAUUUGCAGCAGACGGAAACCAUUAUCAUCGAGUGCAAUACCGAGAGCUCUUGCAGGAACUUCAAUUUGGAAAAUAUUGAGAUCUAUCCACAGGAUUAUAGAAACCCAACGGUGAUCUGUAUCAAUGCUACGAGUACAUUGAAUCCAGAUCUGGGAAUCAAUUGUGCAAAUGGAACGUUUGCUCCUUUGAGCUGAGGUGGGAUUUAGAGAUGAGAAUAUGAUAGGCUAAGACGUACUAAGAGAUUAACGUUUUCCAUGUACAGGUAAUUCAAAAAAGUGACCUCGUUCUAUCAAUGUAAUCUCAUACCCACAGUCAUCUUUACAAGUGUUUCAAAUAUGGGCCUCAAAAACGUAUUGGAUUCUUCAACCUGUCGAGGAGGUAUAGAUUUGAAGUGACAUCACAUAAAUAACCGGUAAAUCAAGACA